CCGGGAGCCGUCGGGCGCCGCGGGCGCACGGCAGGGCUCAGCGCCGCGCCGGCACCCUCUCUCUGCCGGCUGCGGCAGCGCUCUGUGAUACCCAUCGCUGCGCCUUCUCCCCGCAGUCCUUCUCUUUUUGGUUUGCUGGGGGUUUUUUCCCCCCCCUCUUUUUUUCUCCCACCCCCCUCCCCCCCGGUUUUUUAUUCCCCUCCUUCAGAUUUUUGUUUUCCAGCGCGCUGAGAGCAGCCUCUCUGCCAUUUACUUGAUUCGCAGGUUGGUUGUAUCUAUUUGGGGGCUUUUUUCCUCCCCUUUUUUUGCUGUCCGGCUCUCUCCACCCCCGAAUUUUAUCUAGUUGUAGCAACUUACUGGCUUUUUUUUUUUCCUUAUUAUUACUGAUAUUUUUUCACUGGCGCCUCUCGUGCAUUUUCCGAUCGCGAGCCGCCCUCGCAGCCCGGUUUUUAGCAGCAUUUUGUCUGCAGAUCUCCCCUUUGUUUGCACGGAUCCCUUUUUAUUUUUUGAUUUUUUUUUUUCUUGUUGUCGUUCGUUGUUAAAGUGACUUUUUUUUUUUUUUUUUUUUGGUGGGGGGGGGCGCUGUAUUUAAACACUUAAAAUGCACUGCUAUCUCCUGAGCGUGCUCCUCACAGUGGAUCUGGCCACCGUGGCUCUCAGCCUGUCUACCUGCAGCACCCUCGACAUGGAUCAGUUUAUGCGCAAGAGGAUCGAGGCUAUCCGGGGGCAAAUCUUGAGCAAACUCAAGCUCACCAGUCCCCCGGACGAGUACCCCGAGCCCGAGGAGGUGCCCCCGGAGGUCAUCUCCAUCUACAACAGCACCAGGGACCUGCUGCAGGAGAAAGCCAACCACAGAGCUGCCACUUGCGAGAGAGAGAGGAGCGACGAGGAAUACUAUGCCAAAGAAGUUUACAAAAUAGACAUGCAGCCCGGUUACCCCGAAAAUGCCAUCCCGCCGAACUAUUUCAGCCUUUACUUCCGAAUCGUCAGAUUUGAUGUCUCAGCAAUGGAAAAGAAUGCUUCCAAUUUGGUGAAGGCCGAGUUCAGGGUCUUCCGCCUGCAGAACUCCAAGGCGCGGGUCUCGGAGCAGCGGAUAGAGCUGUACCAGGUGUUAAAAUCUAAAGAAUUAUCAUCACCAGGACAGCGCUACAUUGACAGCAAAGUAGUUAAAACAAGAGCUGAAGGAGAAUGGUUGUCAUUUGAUGUCACUGAGGCUGUACAUGAGUGGCUCCAUCACAGAGACAGGAAUCUUGGAUUUAAGAUAAGCUUACAUUGUCCGUGCUGUACCUUCGUGCCUUCCAAUAAUUAUAUCAUCCCAAAUAAAAGUGAGGAGCUCGAAGCAAGAUUUGCAGGUAUUGAUGACUACACAUAUUCCAGUGGUGAUGUGAAAGCUUUAAAGUCCAAUAGGAAAAAAUACAGUGGGAAGACCCCACAUCUUCUGCUAAUGUUAUUACCCUCCUACAGACUUGAGUCGCAACAGCCCAGUCGGCGGAAGAAGCGUGCUCUAGAUGCUGCCUAUUGUUUUAGGAAUGUGCAGGAUAAUUGCUGUCUGCGUCCACUUUAUAUUGACUUCAAGAGGGAUCUUGGCUGGAAAUGGAUUCAUGAACCUAAAGGAUACCAUGCUAAUUUCUGUGCAGGAGCCUGCCCGUAUUUAUGGAGCUCAGAUACUCAGCACAGCAGAGUACUCAGCUUGUAUAACACCAUAAAUCCAGAAGCUUCUGCCUCUCCGUGCUGUGUGUCCCAGGAUUUGGAACCCCUCACUAUCCUCUACUACAUUGGCAAAGCACCCAAAAUUGAACAGCUGUCCAACAUGAUUGUAAAGUCUUGCAAGUGCAGCUAAAGGAUAUCCCCGAAACAGCAUGACGUGUGUUUAUUAAAAAAAAAAAUAACCGAGGAAAAAAAGAAAGAGAGAGCGAGAAGGAAGGAAAGAAAAAUAAAAACCCAGGUUCAUCAGUGUUAAAAAAAAAAAAAAAAAAGAAGAAAAAAAGUGGUACUAGUCCGAACUGUUUGAAAGUUUUUGGUUUUGUUUUUUUUUUUUAAACUGGCAUCCGAAGCAAAACAUUGAAGGCUUUUUUCCUACAUUUCACCUACACAUAGUGUGAGAUAGACAAGAAGCAAAGUUAAAGAAAAAAGAAACCUUUUAAAAAAUAAACACUGGAAGAAAUUUGUUAGUGUUACUAUGUGAAAGGAAAAAAACAGGAAAAUCCCAUGAAGUGGAGUUGCUGUAUCUGUCCUGUGCCUUACUUGAUCUCUCUGUAUUGUUACGCAAUAGGCAUCCUACCCAUUCCUCUUAGUUGUAGAGUUAACAGUGCAUUAUUUAUUUGUGUGUAAAAACUAUUAAAUGAACAUUUCCGUAUCGCCAUUGGAAAAAAAGAAAACCAGCCAAUGUGGACAAAGUGGAGACCAAAUAAGCUGCCAGAAAUACAUAUAAAGCCUAAAGGAACACAAGCUCAAAAGAAUCAGAAGAAUAAUGGUUAGUUUAGUUUGAUUAAAAUAGAAAUCAGUUAUUACAUUAUUGACAAACUCUGCCUUUAAAAUACCUUAUUUUUUGUGCCAGCUGCCUAGAGAGACUUCUUGUAAGGUCUCAAACCCUUGUUUUAAAUACUGAAUAAUUUACUAAUAAAGGACACUCUGUUUCAGUCUCAAAGACAAGUCUAUAAGAUUUUUUUUUUUACUGUAAAUGAUUUAAAAUGUCAGUUUAGUAAACCAGUGAAAUAUUUAACAUGUACUGGUCUAAUCUUCAGACCUUAAUAUGUUGCUGUAUAGCUAUGCUAUGGGAUUUUUUUUGUUCUUUUGGUAUAUGUAACCAUACCUAGAGUAUUACAAUAGGUGGGUAGUAAAAGCCAGCUUAAUUGGAAACAUAUCUGUAGAUCUCUAUUUGUAAACUAUUAAAAAAUUACCUACUUUAUGUGUAAUGUGUAAAUUUUCACCAUAUUUUUGUACUCUGUAAUACUGUCAGCUCUCAUGACUUUGAAUUUGAAUUUGGGGCUCUUUUUGAUCACUCAGAAUCAUGUGUUUCCCUCUAGCUGGCCAGUAUGAGUAGAGUCCCUAUAUUUCGACUUGCACUACAAAUACAUGUUUUAUAAUAAUUGCUAUACAUGUGCUUUGUAUAUUGUUCAUCAUUAUGACAUAAGCUACCUGACUCCCAUUUGUUUUUCUGUUUCAUAAAAAGGAUGGAUUAAAGCAAUCUCUCCCCCCCUUCUCCCCUCCUUCUUCAGUUGUCCCUGUUCAGAACACUUGAAUCGCGAUGCGGUUCGGAUUUCUAGGCCUUUCAGUUUUCAUUCGGCGUUCAAACAGAUGGGCAGAGAGCGAGGUGUCAAGAGAUGUCCCAGCCUGGCUGAGGUGAGGCAAACCCUUGCAGAGAAUGACAUUCACCACUGUGCAGAAGGCUGGUAGGAAGGGUCUGCCGCGGCGAUGUUUGGGAUCGAUGCACAGUCAGAGGCCGUGCAUCGGCCUGGCAUGCAGUGGGGACUUGGUCUGUGGGACUGGUCCUGCUCUUACUGAGGUAACAGAGGUUUGCCUUUGACUUCUGCAGUGGCACAGCAGGCCCCUUUAGGCUGUUGGUAUGUGUGUAAGGAUUUGCAGGAUCAGACCCUUGAUUUUUGCAAGCUUGCUGAUUUUUUUUUCAAUUGAGUUCAUGUUAAAGCUCCUUAAAAAAAAAAAAAAAAAGGAAAAAGGAACAUGGGGGGUCCUAAGAUUUUUGUUGUUGUUACGUUUUAAUAUUGUCGAGGGAGUUAAAAAAAAAAAUCACGUCACAUACUUCAUUUAAAAAAAGCUCCAACGUAAAUUAGCAAAAAAAAAAAAGAAUCAUGAAGAAGGCACAGUCAUUUCAUUUCACAUGAUGAAUGCUUUUGCACAGCAGAGCUGGAAAACUGCAAUACAGGCAUACUACUUGGAUGGGAAGGGCGUUUUCUGUUAUUGUCCUGAGCAGUGUUGGAACGACACUCCUGAGCUUGAUGUUGUCUGCUCCAGUUUUAAGAAGUGCAAUUUCUUUGGCUUCAGCGGAACACUGAUGCAAAACUGAAAUACCAUGGUGGCUUGCACAUGCAGCUCCUCAGGACUUCUGUAGAGCCUGUCCUUAUUGCCUAGUUGGAAACAUAGCCCCAGAGAUGAUUUAAUGCCACCCAUUGACUCAGCGCAGAGGAGGAGGUACGUUAGACUUCUGAUUUAUUUAGUGAGUUGAGAUGAACAAGUGAAAAAAUCUGUCCUGCUAACACUUGCUUGAGCCAGGCUAACUCCAGUGAGAAGAUGCACUGAACUCAGUGAAACUCCUCAGGGUAAUACAUACUCUGGAUUUUGCUGUAUAUGGCAGCAAAAUUAGUUUUAUCAGGUUCAGUAUGAGAACUGUAUUUUUGUUGGACAGGAAAGGAGACAAGGAUGAACAUUUUACAAAACUUAAAAAGUUAUUUUGCAGUUCUCUGGUAUGGGAAUGCAGCUCAAAAUCAAUUUUGAAAAUGUGGUAUAGGAGAUAGCAUAGUUGUCCAACUAUACUCACUAUGCGCUGGAUGGAGCUGAAAACUUUGAUUUGGAGUUUUUCUCUAAAUUUAGGUAUAAAACACUAUUUCUGUGUGUCAUUGCCCCAAGGUUGAGUAUUUUUUUCUUUUUUUGUUCCUCAAAAUGCACUGAUUGUAUUUGAAAUUCUCUAUUAUAAAGCUCCUACUUUUUUUUUUUUUUUCAUUUUUUUGUUCAUUGGGCAUGUAUUUUCUUUUUAAUUACCGAGGGUGUUAGGCCUGAUCCUACAAUGUGCAGAACUUACGGAUGAAAUUCCCCUCUACAGAGUGGGGUAAUGUGAGUCCUAAGCACUGCUCAGGUCUAUGUAAAUACCCCUGCAAUGAUCUUUAGAUGGAUCUGCAACGGCUCAAGGACUUUGCUAUGGGCCUUAUCAUGGUGAGGUAAUUGCCACUGUCUGAGCAGAGUCCCUGAGAACUGAUGGUAAAUGGUCAGCAUCUUGAAAGAUCAGACCCAAGGGGCUGACUGGGGCUGAGGGGGAAUCAUAGCACUUAGCUGGGUGGGGUUGGACAGCAUUUCCUCUGUGUUAUAACUGUAUGGUUGGCGUGGUUUAAAGGAGAAAGAAAAGAAACUUAAAGGACAGCCGUGUUGUACUUUGGUGAUCGAUUACUCUGUAUUUUAACACAUUGUAUGUCUGGUUUUGUGGUGCUCUAGUGGUAAAUAAAUUAUUUCAAUUAUA